AUGGGGUUUCCUGUCAGACCAAUGUGUAUUUUAUCUGGUGAGGCGCAGGCAGCCUUUACUUAUCGCCGGGCUCGCAUAUGCUCUGACGUCGACCUAUCUUCCAGUACUUGAUUCUGACGCAACCUAAACCUGGUCUGUGGCUCACCCCGUUAUCCGUGUUUGAAGCUGCGACACCUCCACAGCUGCUUCACAAUCCAGAACUAUCCAGAAUCCUUGUCCUGACACUGAUACGGAGCAAACACGCUUCCCAUCCUCAACAGCGUGUCCUCGGUAUCCUAAUUGUCCUCCUCUGUCCUCCUUGAAUUCCCUUUCCCGGUUGAAUCGAAGGACUCUCCUUCAGAGCUGGUCCACCAGUCGCCGCUUCAUCUCAUCUGCAGUGGAUCCGUGGCUGCACUGAGUGAGUUGGUGGAAGACGAUUCCCAUUCAGAAAUACACCACCCGUUGCAAUGGCGGUGGCUGAGAACGGCAGGCCCAUAGAGAGUGUCAAGGACAGACCCAAUGGACAUGCUGUAGGUCCAGUGGUCCGAAGAUCUCGUGCUCGUCGUCAAAGUUGGACAUUUUGGCUGUUCAACAAUCUUGCAAGGCUUACUAUCUGGUAUGCCCUUCUGACCAUCAUCUUCCGAUGUCCUUCAACCCCCGAAAAACUCACCGAAUCCUCUCCACAAAUAUGUCAGACAUACCUCAGCGCCAAGUCGUAUGCUCAACCACAUCUACAACCAUACUACGACGAGUAUGCGGCUCCUUAUGUGGCGAAAGCUCAACCGUACGCAGAAUUGGCAAAUAGACGUCUGGUCCGUCCUGCGUCCAUUUUCGUGCGGCUCAACUACGACAAAUAUGCUGCUCCUCAGAUUGAUACUGCAAAGGAAUAUCUAGACGCUCAAUGGGAAAAGUCCGCUGUGCCUCAGCUCAAAUUGGCACAACAAAAUGCUGCAAGAUUAUACCAUGCCCAUCUUGCUCCUUAUGUUGACAAGGUUACCGCUGUGACUGUUCCUUAUUUCUCUACCGCUCGCGAAUCCGCAGACCACAUGUACCAGCAUUACCUUCUGCCAUCAGCGAAGUAUUCGAGGCCGCACUUGGACAAUGCAUACAAUACUACUCAGCGAUUUGUCUCCACGACUGCAUAUCCCCUGGCUCGACAUGCUUGGUCAGACGUGGUCAUUUUUGUAAAUGGCACAUUCUGGCCUUUCUUGAAAGGUCUUUACAUUGACAAUGUAAGACCACAGCUCGUCAUGAUCAACGAGAGAGUGGCCAAAUAUCGAGAGUCGCGGAAAUUGAAGGCUGCCAUGGACGACGUGGACAAAACCUAUUCAAGCUCCACGGCUUCUGCAAGUCCUACUGGCUCUGCAACAGUUGACGACGUUUAUGCAAUGUUUGAUGCUGACGAGGAAACCACGACGUCCACGACCACUACUGUGGCAGAAUCUCAAUCUACGGUGGAGCCACCACCACCACGACCGACAUAUGCAUGGGCAACCGAGGAGCAGAUCUCCGAAGACCUCAAAAACUGGCAAGAGAAAUUUGCCGUGGCGGCUGACAAAGGCACUGACGAUCUCCGCGAACGAGUCACGUCCAUUGUCAAUAGUCUUGUCAAGAGUGACAUAGACGGGAUCGGACGAGGCUUAGCCACAGCUCUCGAGAAAACAGUCGAAAACGAGAUUGACAAUGUCAAGACCAAGAUCAAGUCUGUUGUUGGUGCAGUCCCUGAAGAUGCGAGCUCAGAGGAAGUCAAGAAAGCAGCAGAGGAGAUUCUGAGCUCAAUCCGUGCAUCGGGUGCUGAGAUAAAGAAUCGUGCUCAAAAAGUGCGCGACUGGGCCCAGAAUUUCGAGACUGGUCUGACCCAGCGCUUGGCCGCCGCUUCUGCUUCCACUCUGGAAGUUCUGGAUGAGAUUAAAGAUCUCGGGCUUCAAGAAGUUGGUAUGCGCUGGGCUUGGAUGGAAGGUGUCACCUAUAAGCACUGGGCAAAAUUCCAUGCGGUUCGAAAGCAGCUUGACGAUUGGAAAGAAGAAGUUCAAAAUGUCGCGACCGAAAGUCCCGAAGCAGUAAAGGCCAUUUCUACGGCUCGACAAAUCAUGGAAGAGAGCAUGGCAAUAACCGAAGAUGCUGCAAAAGAACUGGUCAGACUCAAGAGUGUUGCGCAAUGGAAAUUACGAGCACGAGAUGCGACCGACGACUUCGAGGCCAAGAGCAUGCCAGCAGAAGCCGUGUCUGCAGCAUCUAGCCUGGCAUCGGAGCUUCAAGGCGUUCCUUCACAAGCAGUCGGUUCCGCCAGCUCUGCCUUGUCUCAGGCGAGCGAAGCUGUUGCUGGUGCUGUCUCAUCUGCUUCUUCUGCGGUCGUCGGCACCAGCACGGGCACCGUGGAAUCCGCCACGUCAAAGCUCAGUGAAUUAGCCGAUGAAGCACUCUCAUCGGCAUCAUCCGCAGCUGGCCGUUCCAGCACCGGUUCGCUUGAGUCAGCAGCAUCUCAGGCCAGUUCAUCGGUAGCUGAUGCUUACGAAUCUGCUUCUUCAGUAGUUGCUGGCGCUAGCACUGGCACUGCCGAAUCACUUGCUUCCCGGUUAUCAGAGUCUGCCUCGAGCUUGACCGAUGGAAUGCCAGAAUCUUUCAGCUCAGCCACCAGCGUCAUUGCAAGCUCGGUGUCGUCGCUGACAGACUCGGUCGUCAGCCCUUCGACAGACUCUCUUUCCUCGGCAAGCUCAGCAGCCGAAGAGAUGGCUAGCUCAUUGUCCUCUGUAGCAGAUUCGGCUACCAGCCAGGUCUCAGCCAAGGUUUUCGCUGGAGCUAUGGCGCAGGAAGUCAAGGGUACCAAGCCUAUCCUGGACGACGUCUUUGACGACGACACUGCAUCAAGCUUUUCAGAGAAAGUUCAAAGCGUUGUCAAUGACGCUGGAGAUCGGUAUGCUGAAGUCACACGAGCAGUCUCUGAGGCUAUCUACGGUACUCAACAGGGGACUGUUGAAAGCAUCACAUCGGUCGCAAGCGAUCAGUAUGCAAGUGCUCUUGCAGCCGCAUCGAGCGUGAUAUACGGUGCUCCUCAGGGAACUGCAGAAAGUAUUGCUAGUGUGGCAUCCGAGCAAUAUAAUCAAGCUGUUGCAGCUGCAAGUGCUGCCAUCUAUGGCACCCCUGCACCUGUCACUGACUCGAUACUUCAGCAAGCCAGCUCUUUGUACAGCCAGGCCAUGAGCAGGGCUGAGGAGAACUACAAUGCUGCGAAGUCUGCUGCCUCAAAACAGAUCUCGGGAACACCAAAGCCAAUUCAUGAAGAAAUGCUAUCCUCCAUCGAGUCAGCAUAUUCUGGUGCGACUGCUGCUGCCAACAGCAGACUUGAAUCUGCUCGCUCUGCAGUGCAUAAAGUAACCGCCAGCGCCCUUCCAACAACCAAUCCGCUUCGCUCUGUCACCGCAAUGGCCUCUUCUGCCUUGCAAGACUCAUUGGCCGCGGCCUCAGCGCAAUACUCGAGGGCUAAGGUCGCCGUGGGCGCCACCCCAGCUCCAGCACAUGAGCGAUACCUCAAAGAGGCUCAGAAGAAUUACUACGCUGCUAUCGGCAUGGCACAUGAACAAUAUGACGAUUUUGUCAAAGCUGCUUCUAGCGCCAUAUAUGGUACUCCCACUCCUGUUCUGAGCAGUAUGUCAAGUGCUGCGUCGGCUGCAGUGUAUGGAACUCCUGUCCCAGCAUACCAGAGUCUCAUCAAUGCAGCUGCUUCCCAAUAUUCCGCAGCCUCGGCUGCAGCGGCCGCCAGCCUUGAGUCGUACCGAUCAUCGAUCAACUCAGCAGCUACCCCAGCACAAAGCGCACUAGACGAGGCUCUAGCUUCAUAUUCUAGUGCUGUCGAGGCUGCGUCUUCCUCGCUAUCGUCAGCUUCCUAUGCCGCCAGCACAGCCGUGUAUGGUACGCCCGCUCCCUUCUAUCAGAGUGCCCUGGAUGGAGCGUCUUCGUCCUAUAUUGCGGCUUCAUCUGCUGCUGCGUCACACAUGUCAGCAAUGCUUGACUCGGCAUCUUCGGCGGCUGGCGGCAAAAAAGGACCUUCGCAGGGUGUCCUUGACAGCAUCUCUUCCCAAUACGAAGCAGCCAUUUCCGCCGCGUCGUCCUCACUAUCUUCCGCCAGCGUUGCCGCCAGCACCGCAAUCUACGGUGCACCCACAGGCUCAAUCGAAUCCAUGUCAAGCGUAGCUUCUCAAAAUUGGGAAGCUCUUGUUUCCAAAGCAAGCGAGCAAGUAUAUGGUACUCCAAGACCAUUCUACGAUGAAUGGGUUAGUCAAGCUGGCGACUACUCGGCACAAGUAACCAAUCUCGCCGGGGACAAAUAUGUCAUCAUUCAGUCUUAUGUUUCUGAAUUGAUUGUCGGCAAAGAACCCGAUUUCACCGAAUCCGUCAUGAACCGACUCAGCUCAGCCUACUACACUGGCUACGCUUCUGCCAGCAGUCUAGCCAACGAUGCUUACGACUCUGCAUCUUCGAUGGCCUCAUCCGUGUCAUCUGUUGCAAGUUCCUACUUCACACCACCCCCGGAAGUAUCGUCGAUCAUUGACACGGUCACCGAACAGCUCAACGCGGCCGUCGAUGCAGCAAGUGCACAAAUGUACGGCACGACGAAGGGAACAGUCGAACAAGCCACUUCUGCCGCUGCCGACUCGUACUCUUCAGCCAGUGCUGCUGUCAGUGAAGCUAUCUAUGGAACCCAGGUCGGAUACGCCGAAGCUGCGCAGUCCUCGUUCGGUGAUAUGGCAAAGAGCGCACAAGGUGCUAUCUCUGUGGCCAUCUACGGCACACCAACAGGUACAGUCGAGUCCGUCACGAGUGCGGCGGCAGAUACCUACUCUUCUGUCUCGUCUGUUGUUGGAGACAGUAUCUCAGCUGCCGCUUCCGUGGUUGGAGACAUGCCGGGUCAAGCAGCCAGUAUGGCCGAUGGCAUGAGGUCAAAGGUGUCAGAGGCCGUCUAUGGACCUGAGCAGAGCGCAAUGGAGAGUGCCCAGUCACGUAUCGCCGAAGCUGUGGAGAGCGCCAGGAUGGCUAUCGCGGCUAUGGCAAGCGGUGCCGGAGCAAGUGGUGCGAGUGUCGCUGAUGCCGUCAGCAGCAGUGUUGACGAGAUGGCAAGUGCUGUGAGCAGCACGGUGAGCAGCGCUACUCAGUAUGUGAGGGAUGAGUUGUGAGCGGCCAGUCCGCACAAGACAAAGCUGGUGAAGUUGCCAAAAGCAAAUGAUGCGCCUUAUGAACUGAUUGAGGAUGUGAAGAUGAGAUGACUUUUCCCACCGAUACACCAUUCGAAGGGGAAGGUUGGGCAUGUUGAUAUCUUAUUUUGAUUUGUCGUAACUUGCGACAAGCAGGCAGCGUGGGCUCCUCGAGAAUGCUUUACUCUGCGUUUGUGGCUUUGCUGUGUGUGCUCGGAAUGAUACCUAUCUUGCUUUUGCUUUUCCUUGAGUAUAUGAUAGCCGACAUUAUGUACCAACCACUCUAAUUAGGAUGACAUGAACCCCAACGUACUCUGCCAAAUUGGCAACAACACGAACGUUGCGAGAAAUGAGUUGGUAUGGGAUGUUGUUAUCGACGCGAUGCAUGAUACUGCAUUCAUUCAUG